UCAGCUGCAGGACGCAUCGACAUCAUCUGGAGGACGUGCUGUCAAUGUCCCGCACCUGGAAAUGUCGCUCAUAAUCCUCUUUAUCACAACUUUAGCCCUGCGAUGCCCCGUCGGGGCGCAGCAGCUGCCGGACUACGCGGACGUGUGCACGGAGGGCAGCUGCUACCCGGCCACAGGUGACCUGCUGAUCGGCCGCGCGCACAAGCUCUCCGUGUCCUCCACCUGCGGCCUGGAGCACCCGGAGCGCUUCUGCAUCGUCGGGCACCUGGAGGAGGAGAAGAAAUGUUUCGUGUGCGACUCCAGGCAGAUGUUCGACGACGACAGCAACCAGGUCAGCCACACCAUCGCCAACUUGGUCACCACCUUCGCCCACAACCGCCUCAAGACCUGGUGGCAGUCGGAGAACGGUGUGGAGAAUGUGACCAUCCAGAUUGACCUGGAGGCCGAGUUCCACUUCACACACCUGAUCAUGACAUUUAAGACGUUUCGGCCGGCUGCCAUGGUGAUCGAGCGCUCCAUGGACUUCGGGAAAACGUGGCAGGUUUAUCGAUACUUCGCCUACGACUGCGAGUCGUCCUUCCCCGGCGUGUCCUCGGGGCCGAUGGGCAAAGUGGACGAGAUCAUCUGCGACUCCCAUUACUCGGACAUCGAACCGUCCACAGAGGGGGAGGUGAUAUUUCGGGUGCUGGACCCCGUCUUUGAGAUCGAGGACCCCUACAGCCUGAGGAUACAGAACAUGCUGAAGAUCACCAACCUCCGGGUGAAGUUCUUGAGGCUCCACACUUUGGGCGACAACCUGCUCGACUCGCGCGAGGAGGUGACGGAGAAGUACUACUACUCCCUCUACGACAUGGUCGUCCGCGGCAACUGCUUCUGCUACGGCCACGCCUCCGAGUGCGCCCCGAUCGACGGAGCGGCGACCGGAGUCGAGGGCAUGGUCCAUGGCCGCUGUGUGUGUAAUCACAACACCGAGGGACUGAACUGUGAGCACUGCCAGGACUUCUACCACGAUUUGCCGUGGAGACCCGCCGAGGGCCGAAACAGCCACGCCUGCAAGAGGUGCGAGUGUAACCAGCACUCCGCAUCGUGCCACUUCGACUCGGCCGUGUACGCGACCACCGGCAACGUGAGCGGCGGCGUGUGCGACGACUGUCGACACAACACGGUGGGCCGGCGGUGCGAGCAGUGCGCCCCCUUCUACCACCAGCACCCAAACCGCGACCUGAGGGACCCCAACGUCUGCGAGCCGUGUAACUGUGACCCAGCCGGGUCUCUGCAGGGCGGACUGUGUGACUCGCACACAAACGUGCCAGCCGGACUGAUCUCAGGCCAGUGUCGAUGCAAAGCCAACGUGGAGGGGGAGCGCUGUGACCACUGCAGGCGGGGACACCACGGACUGGGACAGGGGCCUCACGGCUGCCUGCCUUGCACUUGUAACCAGCUGGGCACUCUGUCGGGAGGAAACUCCUGUGAUUCGGACACAGGAAGGUGCUUCUGCAAACGCCUCGUCGACGGACAUAACUGCAAUGAGUGCCUGCCGCAGCACUGGGGUCUGUCCAAUGACAUGGACGGCUGCAGAUCAUGUGACUGCGAUCAGGGCGGGGCUGUCAACAAUAACUGUGACCCUCACUCGGGACAGUGCGUGUGCAGGGAGCACAUGUUUGGAAGACGCUGCGAUCAAGUCGAGUCCGGCUUCUACUUCAUCACUCUGGACCACUACACCUACGAGGCAGAGGACGCCAAGCAUGGACCUGGUGUGACGGUGGUACCGAGGCCUUAUCCUCUGGAUCGCAGUCCUACGUGGACCGGUAUGGGCUUCGUGAAUGUUCCAGAAGGAGCCUACUUAGAGUUCACCGUGAACAACGUCCCAGAGUCCAUGGACUACGACAUCCUCAUUCGCUAUGAGCCCCAGCUGCCAGAGCAGUGGGAGCAGGUGAACGUCCGAGUGCAGCGUCCCGUCUUCAACCCUCCAAGCUACUCCGCUCACUGCGACAACCCCAUCCAGAGCGGAGACGACCAGUCCAUCUCUCUUCCACCUGGAUCCAGACAUGUGCUGCUGGUGAGGCCGGUGUGUUUCGAGCAAGGACUGAACUACACGCUGCACCUCACUCUGCCUCUCUACUCGUCUGUCAGCGACGUCCAGAGCCCGUACACGCUCAUCGACUCUUUGGUGCUGAUACCCCGGGUCAGGGAGCUGGACAUGUUCCAUGGGAUCGACGGUGACGGAGCGUGGGAUACGUUCCAGCGCUACCGGUGUCUGGAGAGCAGCCAGAGCGUCGUCAAAAGCCCCCUGACCGACAUCUGUAACGACUACAUCUUCAGCGUCUCCGCUCUGCUGCACAAAGGAGCCAUUGCAUGCCAGUGUGACCCUCAGGGUGCACUCAGCGCUGUGUGCGAGCCCAGUGGAGGUCAGUGCCGGUGUCGACCCAGCGUUGUCGGCAGGAACUGCGACCACUGCGCCCCCGCCACGUUUCUGUUCAGCCCCGCCGGCUGCAGACCUUGCGGUUGCGACCCUCUGGGCUCCGUCAGCGCCUUCUGCCACGAGGCGACAGGCCAGUGCGAGUGCGUCCCCGGGGCCACUGGGCGCCAGUGUUCCCACUGCCUGCCGGGCUUCUGGGGCUUCCCUCAGUGCAGGCCGUGCCACUGCAACGGCCACAGCGAGUACUGCCACCCUCAGACCGGAGAGUGUCAGGGCUGCAGAGACUUCACCAGAGGACACCACUGUGACAGGUGUCUGGGCGGUUACCAUGGUGACCCGGAGCUGGGUUCAGGUGGACACUGCCGUCCCUGUAUGUGCCCCGAUGGGCCGCGCAGUGGACGGCAGUUCUCUGACAGCUGUUACCUUCUGGCUACUACGAACCAGCUGGUGUGUGUGUGCAGCCCUGGCUACAAAGGUGCCAGGUGUGACGAGUGUGCCUCCGGUUAUUUCGGAAACCCCGCGGUGCCCGGUGGGCGCUGCAUGCCCUGCCAGUGUAACGGCAACAUCGACAUGCACGACCCGGGGUCCUGUGACGCUCAGACGGGCGCCUGCCUCAAGUGCCUGUACCACGCGGAGGGCUACGGGUGUCAGCACUGCAAACCGGGUUACUACGGCGACGCUGCCACUCAGAGCUGCAGGAAGUGCAUGUGUUACUCGGUGGGCACGGCGCCUCGGGCCUGCCCGUCCCCCGAUGAGUGUGAGUGUGACCAGCGCAGCGGUCAGUGUCCCUGCCGGCCCAACGUGGUCGGCCAGAACUGCGACGCCUGCGCCGCCGACACGUGGAACAUCGCCGGCGGGGCGGGCUGCCGGCGCUGCGACUGCGACCCCGUCCACUCCUCCGGAUCCUCCUGCGACGAGAUCACAGGACAGUGUUUGUGCAAACCCGGUUUUGGUGGCAAGACGUGUCGGGAAUGCAGAGAGCUCUUCUGGGGGGAUCCAGAGGUCAAAUGUCACGCUUGUGACUGCGACUCUCGGGGAAUCUCCAGCGAUCAGUGCCAUCGCGCCACAGGUCAGUGCACCUGUGUGGAGGGCGUGUCCGGGCCGCGCUGUGAGAGCUGCGCCAGGGGCUACCAGGGGGAGUUCCCCACCUGUGAACCCUGCCACCACUGCUUCGCGGUCUGGGACACCGUCGUCGGCGAGCUGACCAAUCAAACCCGACGCCUGGAGCUCCAAGUGACGCAGCUCCAGACCAGCGGGGUGACGGCGCCAUAUAAAGACUUGGUCAGCAGCCUGGAGACGAACGUCAAAGCUGUCCGAGACAUAGUAGAGAGCAACCCGGCAGCGGUGAAGCUGGAGCAGAUUCAGGAGCUGAUGCAUGAGAUCACCGGUGUGAUGUCAUACCUCAACGGAAAGCUGAACACGACGGAGGAGACCGCGAUCCUUCUCCGCGGUGACGCCAACGCCACCGACGCAAACUUGAACGCGCUGACUGGUGAGGCCGACCAGCUGGAGCUGAGAGUCCGGGAGCUGAGACAGCAGGUGUACAAUUUCAAGAACGCCAACAUCCAGGGUGCCAUGGACACCAUUGCAGCUGCACACGUGGAGUCUACUACGGCUGAGCGCCGCGCCAACACCUCCACCAGUAAUCCCGGAAACACCGUGGAGGAAUCGGCCGCAGUACGGAAAGCCACAGAGGACAGACUGAGCGGCGCCCAGAAGGAGUUUGACCGCAAGCACCAAAGGAACUCUCAGAAGCUGGACAAACUGUCCACGGAGCUGGACACAUUUGACCUGACGCCACUUAGCGAGCAGACAUGUGGUGGUGCAGCUGAGGGCGACGGCUGCUCCGGUUCCCCCUGCGGUGGUUUGGGUUGCGUCGGCGAGGACGAAGCUCCUCGGUGCGGCGGAGAAGGAUGCGGAGGCCUCGCCACGACUUCCCGAACCGCACUCAAAUCCGCCAAAGACCUGGACCAGGAGAUCCUCGCCGCCAGUCAGGAAGUGGACAAGCUCUCCAGGAUGGUGUGGGAAGCCAACAACCGCGCUAACCAGGCCAAGGUGAACGCUCUGGAGGUGCUGGUCAAGUCCAACCGGAGCAAAGAGAGAGUGGAGCAGAGCAACCAGCAGCUCCGUCACCUCAUCAAGGAGAUACGAGACCUGCUCACCAACGACAAGGUGGAGGUUUCGGUGAUCGAGGCGGUGGCCAACGAGGUGCUGGCUCUGGAGAUGCCGACCUCCACCGAGAAGCUGCAGGAGCUGACGGAGGAGAUCCGGGAGAAGGUCGACACUCUGACCAGCGUGGAGACGAUCCUCAGUCAGAGCGCCGAGGACAUCCAGGCCGCGGAGACGCUGCUGGAACAGGCCAAGGCCGCCAGUGAGGAGGCGUCGACCGCGAAGGAGGCGGCGGAUAUGGUGAAGGCCGCCCUGGAGGAGACCGAGCGUGCUCAGAGCAUCGCCAUGGACGCCAUCCUACUGGCCCAGAACAACACGAAGGGCACCCUGGACCUGCUGAUCUCUGUGGAGUCGGAGACGGCCGUGUCGGAGCUGAAGCUCGGCAACACCACGGGGCGCCUGGUCCAGCUGGAGAGGGAGGUCGGCCUGCUGAGACAAAACAGCCUGGAGGUCAACCGCCUGGCGGAGUCGGCCGACUGGAUCACCGACCAGGCCCGACUGAACGCGGAGGAGGCCCAGCAGGAGUUUGACAUGGAGGUGAAAGACAGACUGGUGGAUGUCGAGGACCUGGUGGAGGACAAAGGGGAGUCGGUGCUGCAGGCGAGGAGGAGAGCGGACGAACUGCAGCAGGAAGCCAAAGAGCUGCUCGCUCAGAGCAGCAGCAAGCUGCAGAGACUCGGAGAGUUGGAAGGUUCCUACGAGGCCAACCAGCUCAUCCUGGAGGCCAAAGCUGCAGAGCUGGCGGAGUUGGAGCGAAGCGUCCGCCGGGUCCUGGAUGAGAUCAGCACCAAAGUGACGCUGUACAGCACCUGUCUGUGAUGGUCUCUGAACUUUGACCUCUCCUCGUGAGUUUAACGGUGCCGACGGUUUCAAAGCAUUUCAUAAUACGCCCCCAGACGAUUCCCUGAGUAUUUCAUAGCUUUUUAGGACCAAACACUGUAAUAUGUUUGACACCGUCGGUGCCAACAACUUAACAUUCAUAUCGGA